AUGUUUCCCAAACCAUCAUCGCAAUGCAUGCAAGCUAUAGCACGUACAUCCUGCUUCCGACCAGCCAUAAACGCAUCAACACAUCAUACACUAUCAUCCUCACUACACACAACAUCCAUCACUCGCUCAAAGUACUUGAAUCGUGAUUUCCUGCCUGAAAACAACCCAGAUGCCGAAUCUCAAAUGGAGGCAUUCAUGGCUCGCUUGCGUCAUGAUGGUGGUGAUAAGAUUGUAAGGAUCAAAUCACUCCUACUACACGUUGAUACAACAAGACUAGUACCUUUUGCAGAUGCUAUCAAGGGAUUAACGCUUGAUCAAGCAUUACUUCAACUCCGUUGGUUUCAGAAACCUGCUGCUCGGAGGUUUGAAGAGAAGCUAGUUGAGGCUGCAGUGCAAUUAGGUGAUGAUGGAUGGAAAUUACCUUCAACUUAUGUUGCUCAUUGCAUGCUAUCUCAAACAAACGAACACCUCUCACAAACCCACAUGCGUAAAUACGUCAAAGGAAGAGGUCGAUAUGGAUCUACGCCACAUCCACUCGUAACAUGUCUAGAUUUCACAUUCCAGGAACGAAGUAGUGGAUUCCAGACUCGGAAAAACGAUCCGUUGGAAUGGAUUCGUCUUCGAUUGAGAAAUCAACAGAAACCGUAUACGAAGACUGCUCAAGAGUAUUAUGAGGAGAAAAGAGCUGUUAGAAAGGUUAAGCCGCUUUAUUGCUGA